UCUCAGCUCCAUAAGUAAGUAAGUAAUGGUAAUAUAAUAAUAAUAAUGAUAUGAGAACACAUCAUUUUAUUUCUACAGCUUUUAACAACAAAAUAUUGAAAAUAAACAUCCAUUGAGAUAUUUCUGACAAUUUCUCAGACCAGUAAUUUUCAAUUAGCAAGCAUUGUUCCCAAACCACUCUCACCUUCAGUUGCCAUAUUGCAUUCCUUACAUGUGAAGGUCAAACUUAGAGAUAAAAUCAGUGUUCUCUGACCGCAACCUUCACGCAAGCAAACCAGGCCCCCUGCUGACUCCUGGUUUUCUAUCAUUUAUAGUGUUCUGUGCAUCUACCUGGGUUAUUGAUUUUCUUGAAGGUUAUAUACCUGUGUGCAAAUUGUAUGUUUGAAAGUGGUGGAGUGGGGUCAGGAAAUCAAUAUGAGGGAGAGACUGCAUGCCAAGUGAUGGAAAAAGAACAUUUGCUCCACAUUUCUUGUGCUUCUGCUGUGGGGAAUGGUUCAGUGUACUGUGCACUGCAUUAUGGGUGCAAACAUUUGACUCUGCUCAUUUUCAGUGUAGUGUGUUAAAAAUGCCAUAGAACAAUAUUGCACAAUACAAAUGUGAUUAAAGAAAAAACUGUUUGCGACUAAUGUGUUACAAAACGUGAGGAAUACCAUUUAGUGCUUAUGUUCGAAAGUAACUGGCUUGCCUAAUAGCAUAAACUUUUUAUUUUAUAAUAUAAAACUGACUGUGUACAACAAGAAUGUGAUUGAACAUCCACAAAACUACAUGCAGCAGUUUAAAAUAGCAAGACUGAUGUGAUGUUACACUGUGGAAGGAUGACAUCUUAUUGUUGGGCUGAGAAGCAUGUUCCAUCCUUGGAAAGAAUUUUUUAAUGAAAGAAGCUGAAGUGAGUUUCCAGGAACUUACUGAUUGUAAUGAAUGGAUAAUUGGUUGAGAAAUGGAGACGACUCAUCACGCAAGUUCAGCGCCAAGCACUAAAAAGUUGACCAUUCCAUUCUAUGCUCCACCACCACACAUAGAGAAAACCAGUGCAGAGAUUAUUAGUGAGGCCCGAGCAUCCAUAAUACGUGAUAACAAAGGAAUUCGAAUUGGGAACACAAGAAUGGCUGCUUCCAUGCGGCCCGUGAACACCAAGAGACCAUUCACUCCUAGGGAAAGACAAAGGACACUGUUUGGAACAAUGCACAAAUCAAGUUACAGGCCACCAAGCUCUGUCAGUCUGGGUUAUCUGCAAUUUCAUGAUGCAGAUCUUGGCAGUUCAAAGAGCAUAAAAUCUUGUAACAUCAGACGGCUUAAUCCAAUCCUUGGUACACUGUCUUCUCCAUCCCUUAAUAUCAGCAGCAGCUUAACAGAUGUAAGAGACUGGAAAGCACUGCUCAGUGACAGUGAUUCAGAAGACUCUGCUGGUGCCCUAGGCACAAGGGGCAAAGUCCUGUCAGCUCAGCCAUUCAUGAUUCCAUCAUUUCUAACUCCUGAUCAAAUAAGCAAUGCUGCAAACAAGUUUCGCCUACCAUCUAUUGAUGGACGAUGUAAACCAUUGCUUAGUAAGAGACAUCAGUUUCGUGCAUCUGCUUCACUAGAUAAUCUUCCUGAAGAGAUAGAAAUUGAUGACAGUGAAUCUCAAGAUUGUGGACUAAAUUCAGGUAGUACAAAAGAUGUCCCACCAGCUCGCAAGGCGUACAGCAGCCCUGUACAGCGCACAAAGAGUAUGGACACUGAACUGGAACAGUGUGCAUCUACAUCAAGUGUGAAGCUGUUGGGAGCACAGCCAUUUGCAGAAAUUAAUUCUGGAAUAAACGAGGGUGCACAAAAAUUACUAAAAGUGGCACAGAACAAAAUAAAUGAAGAGACAGACACUGUUAAAGUUGUGGCUAGCAGAAACACUGCCAGUUGUGGGGUAUUGAAAGACGGAAGGAAUCAGCAUACAGUGUGUGAGGAGAACAUUCAAAAAGAUCCUUCACAUAGUUUAAAGGCCAUGAAAGGGAAUUCUUUGGAAUCCAAACAGAGGAGUCCAAGCAAGGUCAAGAUGCCGCUGCAGCCAAGCCUGGGCUUAGCUACAUGUGCAGAAAAGAGCACACUGAGUUCUAUGAAACUGGCAGGUUCUAAAAAGAAGAAUUCCUAUACAGCUGAUCAAAACAAGAGAAACAAGCUUACUGCAGGAAAAGAAAAUUCCUCACAAGAUCCACCAACACGAGGCAAUGCAUUUGGUCCCGAACUGAAUAUAACAACUUUGAAGAACAAGCAUUUACCUGAUACAUCUCAGAAUAACUCACAAGGCCAGAAAGAAAAAUCCACUUCCAUUAUGAUGGUCAAAAAUUCAAAACCAGUUUCUAAGAAUGAUACAGGUCUUAAACAGAGUUCACUAACUGUAGAUCCUGUUAUAAACGGUAAGUGGGCAACUAUCAGUCAGAGUGAGGUGGCUCUAGAAUGUGGUACAGAAUCAAAACUGCAGAAUUUGGCAGUUGCACAACCCCAGCCAUCGAGAGAGACCUCCACACUGGACUCAGCAGCAGAACUCAAGAACAAGCAGGCACUUUACCAUGCAAAACAAGCCACGGAAACUGCAGAGAAACAUGUUAGUGUGAGAAAGAAAUCAAAGUCUGAAGAUAAGAAUGUUGUUUCUGCUGCUGAAGAGAAAAGCAGCUUUGUUCUCUCUAUCUUAUCUGUGCUGAACAGUCUCGCAGGGAAAGAAGAAUGUACAGAAGAGGCUAUAUCUUGUAUGUCAAAGCUGUACUCAGCUUUAGAGGCUGAAGGAGGAAUAGGAAGGAAUAUCCAGAAUACGAAACUCAGAGCUCAAGUAUUAAAGACAUUGUACAAGUUUGUGGAAUCAUCAAACGAAAUGCUGUUACUCCAGAUUGCCCGGAUCAUCCUUGCUUUCCGAGUUAGUGGCAAGAAUCUGUCAGGUGUUUGCAAGCUGGUAUUCAAGGUAUCCAGGUGUGACAAGAAUGACAGACUGUUCCUGGAGGACAACAUUCUUGAGCUGUUUGUGGAAGUGCUUGGUUCAGCAAGUCCCCUGGAAGAUGCAGAGUCAUGUGUUUAUGGGUAUGGUGCCCUCAAGUUUCUUACAAUGAACAAUGUGUUGCUUGCUAAAGUGCUGAAGCUUGGAAUAUUGGAGUUGAUGGUACUGCACAUGAAAAUGGUGAAUACUGCGCGGCUUGAAGGGUCUCGCAUUCCUGAACAGACUAGCCAUGCCUUGUUUCAACUUACUGGUGCAUUGCGAAAUGUUGCGGGAGAAGAGGAAGUGUUUCCCCAGUUUGUAUCAACUGGUGCUGUCAACGAAUUGUGUCGAGCCAUGGACGUCUUCUCAUCUGAUCUUGAUGUGAUCAGUAACAUUUCAAGAACACUUAGUAUAAUCUCAACCCAUGAUGACUGCUGCAUGUCUAUAGUUAGUUAUGGAAACAUCUUCAAGAUAUUUGUCAGAUUGCUACAGAAAUACCCAGGUCGACAGGACAUUGUAGUGCGACUGGGUUAUGCCCUUGGAAACUUAAUGGCUAGUAGUGACAUUGCAAGAACCAAGUUCUUCAAUGAGGAUGGUGCAGUUGCUUCCAUGCUCAACUUAUUGUCCAUUUACUUGGACAAAGAUCUCCAAAUGUUGGGAUCUACAGACUCUCACAGUGAACUGAACUCUGAUGCAGGGUCCAGUGGAUCUGUUGAAGAUGUCAUGGUGAAGAUGGUCCGUAUUCUUGCCAACAUGAGCAUCAACCCAAUGGUGGGGAGUAGCCUGACAUGCACAUCUCCUGUGUUCUGUAGCAAUUAUGUGCAGCAAAUAGAAGUAGAUCCCAGUAAUGUUGGUAAUACAACAGAAGGUAACAAGGAUGGAAGACAAUUUCUGGAUGUCCUUCUAACUGUUUUGCGACACAAGUCAGUGGUUGAUAGCGAGGAACUUGUGCACAGUACCCUGAGCACACUCAAUAACCUUUCAUACUAUCCUAUUAGUAAUGAUGGGGCAUUUGGCGAGAGGCAGCUAGAAAUUGCACAAGCUCUGUGUUCUCUGCUACACACGGACAACAAGGAGUGCCUUGUGGAAACAACAAGGGUCUAUGGGAACCUGACUAGGUCAAAGGACAUUCGAGACUUCCUUGUAGAGAGCGGUGCAUGGAAUCAGAUACUAAAAUUUUUGGACUGGGAUGACCAGGAGCUCCUUUGUACAACUGUGGGAAUAUUGGUGAACAUGAUGGCGGACUGGGAUAAACGACUUGCACUGAAAGAAGGCCAUGGUAUAGAAAGGCUGACUAGAGUGUUAAAAAAGUUUGGUGAAGGUGACUGGCAGUUGGCGACUAUGAUAUGUCAGGUGAUCUGGAACUACUGCAUUGAAUCAGUGAAUCUCCAUGCUGCUCUGGGCAUUGAUCAAACAAAUCAGUUACUGGGAAUAUUGGUGGACUUUUUAGAUGAGGAGCGUUUGUUUGGAGUCGUGGAAGGUACAGACGUGAAUGAGGCUCUGGCUACUUCUGAAUAUUAUCAAAUGUGGGAAGAAUUUGCUGGAGUAGCAACAAAUUUGCUGGAGAAGAUGGAGACAUUCCUGGAUUCUCUAGAUUCGCCCGAACAGUUGGAACACAUGGAACCUCUACUCAGUGACCAUCAGUCCCUAGGGCACAGUAUAUCCUCUGCACAGCCUGAGUUACAACAGUAUCAGGUCCUGUAAAGAUGGGUGAGGGUGUGGGGAAAUCAUCUUUGAUAUUAUUGCAAUGUUCAGUGUCAUGAGAGUCACAAAGAAGAACGUCUGUCUAUGACUGGACAAGCCAGGGGUCACCAGGUUUUUAUAAUGCUUUUAUGGGGAGAGGUGGUCGGAUUCACAGAAGUUAUUUUCUCACCAAAAGUAGUUUGUUUUUUUUUGCAAGUGGAAGCACUGAUUCAGAUAAUUACAAAAACAAAUGUAUUGUAAGCAUGCAGCUCAUUCUGCUUCAACUUCAAAAUAUGCUGCUUAUAUCAGAAACUGUACUGAGUUUUAAAUCAGAAUAUAAUAUUUAACACAUAUAUGUCUAUCAAAACAAAGGAUGCAACAUUAUAUACAAUAUCUCAAAUAUUCUUUAUGUAAAAGAAUUUUGUAACUGUUUACUUGUUCACUUAUAUGCAGAAUAUAUUCCAAUUGUGAAGAUGUUAACCAA